CUUGUCGGUGAAGAAUAGUCAGCCAUUUUAUAGAAAAAUGUGAAUGGAUUUGAUAUGAAAAUUGUGAUUAUUAUGCCCAAUAGGGAUUUUCUAUUGUCCAAAUGAUAACGGAUAAUUCAGUAUUGGUGGCAGUGCUGCUACUGUAGCGGAAACCAUAUUUUUUCAUAGUAUAUAAACACUCCAAAAUCAGAAGCAAAGCUACAAUUUAUAUUAAUAAGAUCAACCUUAGCGACCUUUCGAGGGGACUAAAACAUCGAAUUUGUGGAUGAAAGGAGGUUGAUUUCUGUCGGAAUUUCUUCAUGUGCACUCAAGGAAUUAUAUGCGCUAUUAUAUUUGACACGUAAACAAACAAAAACACCAUAAUACGACUCGUAAAUAGUGUAUUCCUUGAUUCGAUUAUAUAUUCAAAAUGUCUGCCAAUUCAAGAGGAUUGCAGACCGUUCACGAAUCCGUUACUGUUGAUCCGAGGCCAACGGAUGAUAACGGUAACCCAAGGAUCACUACAACAAGAGGCAGAACCGAUGAACCUCACAUUGGAAAAUACCGACUUGUCAAAACCAUCGGUAAAGGCAAUUUUGCCAAAGUCAAAUUAGCCAAGCAUGUACCUACAGGCCGAGAGGUAGCUAUUAAAAUCAUAGAUAAAACACAAUUAAAUCCUUCAAGUCUCCAAAAACUUUUUCGUGAAGUUAGAAUAAUGAAGAUGUUAGAUCAUCCUAAUAUAGUUAAAUUAUUUGAAGUUAUUGAAACAGAAAAGACGUUAUAUCUGGUAAUGGAAUAUGCGAGUGGAGGUGAAGUCUUCGAUUAUUUAGUUGCUCAUGGAAGAAUGAAGGAAAAAGAAGCCAGAGCUAAAUUUAGACAGAUUGUUUCAUCAGUUCAGUACUGCCAUCAAAAACACAUAGUUCACAGAGAUUUAAAGGCUGAAAAUUUAUUAUUAGACGGUGAUAUGAAUAUCAAAAUAGCUGAUUUUGGUUUUAGUAAUGAAUUUGUACCCGGCAACAAAUUAGAUACAUUUUGUGGUAGUCCUCCUUAUGCUGCUCCAGAACUUUUUCAAGGUAAAAAAUAUGAUGGUCCUGAAGUAGAUGUUUGGAGUUUAGGAGUAAUUUUAUAUACACUGGUCAGUGGGUCCUUACCGUUCGACGGACAAAAUUUAAAAGAGUUACGAGAAAAGGUGUUACGGGGGAAAUAUAGAAUACCUUUUUAUAUGUCUACAGACUGUGAAAAUUUAUUAAAGAAAUUCUUAAUAUUAAAUCCAUUAAAAAGGGCAAGUUUAGAGACUAUAAUGCGUGACAAGUGGAUGAAUGUAGGUUAUGAUGAUGAUGAACUUAAACCUCAUAUAGAACCCCAACCCGAUUAUAACGAUCCUGUACGAAUAGAGAUUAUGGUGAAUAUGGGAUACAAUCGUAGAGAUAUAGAAGAGUCAUUAAAACUACAAAAAUAUGAUGAUAUACAAGCAACCUAUUUAUUAUUAGGACGAAGAACAACAGAUUUAGAGGGAAGUAACUCAGGAAGCAAUUUGUCUUUGCGACAUUUACCUCUGACCCCAAGUCGUCCGCACAGCGAAAAUAACGCAAACCAGUCUCCUAACAAAGUCACGCGCAGCCAGUCAGCAACAAGCAGUUCUUCGGGGAGGUCACAGCGGCGGUCGAGUCACGGUGGGGAGUUCAAUACUAAUAUUAAACGUUCUGGUGGUCAACAAGGUACGCAAGCACACCCUCCAGGAAGCAGACGACAGCAUACGGUAGACGGCACGUCAACAAAAGAAAGUGCGCUAACAGCAAGAAUGAAAACGCCAUCUGGUGGUUUGGUCGAUUCACCUAAGGUUGGUAAAAAGCUUACUGCCCCAAGUCCAGCCAGGGCUACAAUGCCAAGAAAAACAGGUAGUGGUCAUUCGACGUCGACAUCGUCCACGCCAAAAAAUAAUAGUGUGAUAACGCAUGGUCAAGGCCAUAAUACAAGCAUUCCUCGUCGUAGUACCUUCAGUCCAGGAGAUAACCGCAACCAGACACCUACGGAUAAAUCGCGACCGACUAACGGUCAAGACAUUAAAAAUCAUCUUCCAAAUUCCUCAAGUGCAACGUCAGAAACGGCCCCAUCAGCCAGGCCGAAAGGUCCUGGACACGUCAAGUCUGCAAGUAUUUCUCAAACUGCUAGGUAUGGGGAGUUACCUGCCCUUUCUACAGACGAAUCUUCUUAUAGACCGACGACGGCACCUGGUAAAACAGUGGUUGCUCCUAAACCGAACUUAUCACGAGGAACACGGGAAAGAAAUACAUUCCACGGGAAAGAACGUCAGCAGAGGAUAAAUAGUCCUUAUAAUGGUCCUGGAGCAGUACCAACACACUCGCAAGACACGUCAGCAAUGGGCCCAGGAGGACGGCCAUCUUUCUUCAAUAGAAUAACUUCGAAAUUUAGUAGAAGUAAUAGUAGGAAUGCAUGUGAAACCGUAGCUGCUUCCCCAAAUAGUGCAUGUCAGAAUCGCUUUGAUCAUCAUUUUGUCAGGUCUGUGAAUGAAACUAAGGAUGGUGAAGCUGUGAAGCCGAGAGCUCUACGAUUCACCUGGAGUAUGAAAACGACAAGUUCUAUGGACCCUCACGACAUGAUGAAAGAAAUACGGAAAGUUCUUGAUGCAAAUAACUGUGAUUAUGAGCAACGGGAGAAAUUUCUCUUACUCUGUGUGCACGGUGAUCCAAAUACAGACAGUCUAGUGCAAUGGGAGAUGGAAGUGUGCAAACUACCGAGACUUUCUCUAAAUGGAGUUCGUUUUAAACGCAUUUCCGGUACUUCAAUAGGCUUUAAGAACAUUGCAUCUAAAAUAGCUAAUGAACUGAAACUCUAAUGUUUAGCCCAGAAUUAUCUGAAUGUUGUCUGUCUGUGUGAAAUGAUGCAAGAGAUUCAUUCAAGUGGAAAAAACGUUUUUUGUUGAAAUUCCACUUACAUUGUAUCCUAUCGGACAUUUUCAAAUUAAAAACAUCGUGUUAUAUAUAUAUAUAUAUAUAAAUAUAUAAAUAUUAUAUCCUAUUAAUCUGUAUUAUAAUAGGAUUAAAAGAAAAACUAGGUUUUAAUUUUUUGUACCUGUACAUUUUGUAAUAUAUAUUGUAUAAAGUAAUAAGCAAAUGAGAGGACACCCUUUUUUUUUAGCCCCCAUAUUGUAUCUAGUUUUAUUGUAAAAUAACGUAUAUAUAUCUAUAUAUAUAUAUAAAGUCGUCUUGUAAUAUUUUUGAGGGCGAGUUAAAAAUUGAGUGUCCGAAGCUAGGAGAUCUACACAUAAAACUUGUUCUCUACCUUGCACCGUUAUUUAAUUGAUGUCCCUUUUAAAGAAAAAAAAAACCUGUGCAACUGCUGUUUGUCUAGAGAUGUGGAUAUUCAGCAAUAAAAUACAUCUAUUAGUCUUUUGUCGUUUAACUAAUUAUUAUGGUUAUUGUUCCAGAUACAUUUGUUAUUUUCAGCAAGAAAAAUUUAUAGACUAUUCUUCAAUAGAUAUUUUCUUUAAAUUAAUAUUACCACAGUGUUUAAGUAGAAAUUAUGUUUAAUAUUGUAUGAAAGAUGGUUGAUUGUUAGCAUCCAUUGUAUUUCUCUUAGACUCUUGUCAUUCUGGCCGUAUGCUCUUCACCUCUUGGGGAAACUGAAAGACAAAUACAGGGCCAUUCAAGCUUCUAAACUAUUUAUUUCCUUUAUGAAAAUAAGAAAUCGUAACGACCAAGAAAUGGGAAAUUAUAGAAUUAAAUCGCCAUAUUAUAAAACCACAAUAAAUUCUGGGUUAUUGUCUGGUAGGCCGAACGCUCUUUCGUUUCUUUGCAACUACUUAAAAAUUUGUAGAUUGUCAAAAAGCUUCCCUUGAAGUAUCGCGGAAUAUAAAAAAUAUUGGGUAAACUAUAUUUUCCCCCAGAAUCAUGUUCAUUUUAUUCCCAGAGAGGGGGACUAGCCGCAAUGGCUCAGGGAGUAAAACGUUGGCUUGCUAACCUGGAGGUCUCGGGCUCGCUCCCAGUAUUGACUGAGGAAGUUCAUCAGGAUUUCCCCUUGUCAGAAGUGCAGAAUGGAGGGCCUGGCAAGGGACAUUAUUUGGAUGGGACGAAAAACCGAGGCGUAGUGUACACAUUGAUAACCAUGUUAAAGAACCCUUGACAGUUGGAAUUUGAUAUAAGAGUAGGCUGUAGUGCCGCUGCAAAUUUUCCCUCAUAGUACACCAUAUCUCAUAGACCUACCUUCAUUAGCCCAGUCGGAGUAGGACAUUUAACCCCAUUUCAUUUCCCAGAGGAAAGAGCGUACAGACAGAAUGGAAGAGUUUCCCAGAAUGCAUCUAUUGUAGUGAAUGUUGUACAGUUUUAUUGAUAACUUACAUACCAAACCCCUAUACCCUAAUGCCUUUAAAGACUGGAUAUUCUUUAUAAAUACUGUAUUCUCAAGUCUUUUUGUAUGUCAAAUUCUUUCUCCUGUCGCUCUCUAUUUACUCGAAAUGUACUUUUUUGGUCAGAAAAUAUUGAUUAACUCUUAACAAUUGCCACAAGCCUUAUGCACGUAAUUUGGUCACAUUUUCAAUUAGAAUACAUUUGCGUAUGUAUGGUUGUUUCUGAAAAAAAAAAGAAUCUCCUCGUAUAUUCCUAUUGAUAAUGGUAGAGGUAGGAGUUUUCAAUAUUUUCUUAAGGCCUAACGUAACACACCUUGAUUUAUUUAUCUGUGACACUCUGUCUACUGAUUUAUCGGCACCGAAGUUUCGAUUGGCCAUUGUAUGUCGUAUACAAGAAUUCCCUACCCUGUUAAGGUUGCAAUGAUGUUUAUUAAAAAUCACCCACAUAAUGAGUCGUUUAUACAAAGCAAUUAGAGUGGCAUCCAUCAAACCAUCUCCACAAUCAAAGCGUGUAUUUCUAAAUAUAUCUAUGCCACCGAGGCGGUUUGCUGAUGAGGGAAUGAUCUGCCAGCAGCAGAAGUGCAACAGAUGAUAGGUCGAGAGCAGUCCUAUCACAGACCAUUGCUUAUUAGUCGGGUAAAGAAGAUGGCUUACAAAUAACUCUAGGUGUGUAUAGACAGGCCCAUUUCUCUCCAAAAAUCUCAUUUAUACACAAAAAGUACUAACUAUUAAUGAGGAGAUGUUGAUAUUUCAUUUGGAACAAAAGCUCAAAAGAUAGAAGAAAAAAAAAACCUUGUAAGGAAACUAUUUUGUAAAGUAUUUAUUUUCUAAUUGUUUAGAUAUCUAUAUAUGGUAAUUGUAUGAUGAUAACUUAUUUUAUAAUUUUGACUCUGAUGCUGUAAGAUGUUGGUGGAUGAAUAAUGUAUGAUGAUAAACUCAUUUUGGACUCUCAUGUUGAUAGAUGUUCGUAGAUUAAAUAUGUAUUAGUUCAUAUGACUAGAUUAUAAAGUCAUCCUUAGUAGCAUAUGGUUUACCUGUAGAUCACUUAUACGUUAUUUUCUUUUCAAACCUCAAAAGUAGGGUGGAUCUGGUCCGGAUUUCAAUCCUGGUGUUAGCUGAGCAGGUUCCUCAGGACUGUGCAGGACGGAGGACAUGGCAAAGAUCAGCAUAUAGUCGUAAGGAUGGGAUGAAAAACUGUAUCCUAUAAACCCCACGUUUCUUGAAUACAGAGUGCAAAUACUCCAUUUCCUAAAUUAAUUGUCAACCAAAAUCGCGUUCGUUUACAGAAAGCAAUGCUAUGGAGAGAGUUGCAUGUUUUACUGCAUAAAUUUUUAGAACUUCCAAAUUAAAAAUGCAAAUUUUACUUUUAAUAUGGUUGUAGGCCGUUGAAUGAUGAAUUCUUAUUACAGUAUACCCAACGACAUAAAUUAAUAAAUAACGUAAAUGUGAAAUACUUGUAUAUUACCCAGAAUGGCAAUGUAUAUGUAUCUAACCAUUACUGUUUUACAUCAUGAUGUCAGUUUUAAUUUCUGUCUUAAAUCUUUAGAAUUAUAAACUGAUUUUAAUCACAAAACUUACUAGGUACAAUAUUAUUCUGUUAACACUAAGAGUUUCUUUGUACGUGGUUAAUCAUCAUUAUCCCGGUUGGUGAGAUGUUAAACCCCAUUUCAUUUGUACCUGGUUAAGUGAUUUUAGUCAUUGUGGAUACACCACUUAGCCAUUAGAAUUUCUAUAUGAUGAACUCCUGUCGAAAAUGCUAUUAUCUCCAUUUCAGAUUUUUCCACAAAAGGAAAUACAAAAGAAUGUCAAUAUUUUUAAAACAAACUUUUCUUGACAACUCAUUUUCAUCUAUCUGAGAUAUAUGCAAAGAAUAAUUAAAUAUGUUUUUUUGAAAAUAUCGACAAUCUGAAUCGCACUAACUGUGUUUUAAAAAAGAGCUGUUAAUAUUAUUGUUUUGUUUUGAUAAAUCAGUGUAAAUGUUAACAUCAGUGAAAGAGCUGGGCCCUGUUUCUCGAAAUCUCAACUAAAGAUAAAAUCCAAAUUUUAGUAGAUACUUCAAUUUUGAUUGGCUAAGCACCAAAAUCAAUCUAAUAUUAUCCAAUCAAAUUACUAAAAUUUGGAUUUUAUCUUAGUUAAAAUUUCGUGAAAUAGGACCCUGGUUUUUCAGCUUGUCAGUUUAUUACCACAUUUGUAUUAUUAGUAAGUUACUAACUGUUUAUGGUCAGUUCAAUGCAAUAUUUAAAUGGCAAGAACAAAUUUGUGAUUGUGGGUUUGUAGCUAUAUUGGGGUACAAAUAAAUUUAUAACUACAGGAUCUCGUAAUUUUAUGAUUAAAGGUAUUUGAAAUAGAUUAAAAUGGCAGUUUUAGUAAUAUUGUGGAAUUAUUAAAACAUAUUUUCUGAAGAAAGAUCAAAUGAUAUGUUGACUUGUGAAAAAACCUGAAAUGGCAUUUAAUAUUAAGACAAACUAGGUCCUUCUGGGACUAAUUUUAAUUAGCAUUUGCAUUCAGAUCUUUAGCAAUUGGAGAAAACCUACAAGGUUCUAUCUUGCAAUUAAGUUCACUGCUGGCAUAGAGACCAUUGAUCUGUAGCGUUAAACAAUAUGAAAAGUUGAAUAUUUUCUGAAACAUGAAAUUUAUGAACUGAUUUCAAGCCUUAAAAAAGUUAUUAAAAAUUAAAUUUUAUUUUGUGGCUAAAUAAAAUUUGGGUGUGACAUUAAAUAGCAUCAAUUAGAAAUAUGUUUGGCUUCUAAGUCUGAAAAGUUAUGUUCAGUUAAUGAUUUGUUAGCCCCUACUCUGUGAUAUUCAUAUGUGACAUUGAUUCCAGUUGUAUUUCUGAUAUCAGAUUAUUUCUUCAGUGAAAAUGUCAUUUAAAGAGAUACUGAGCCAUUCUCAGAAAUCAAUUGUCCAUUGCUAAUAUGUAGACUGUGGGAGUUUGAUAGUGAAAAUUUUGUUUAUGUACAGAAGAAAAUGUAAUUUGGCUUCCAGUUGAUAAAAUGAAGUGUAAGCACUAAUACUUGUAUCAAUUUGGAUACAGUCAAGUAUCACCGAUGGCCCAAUUCACAAAAACUUAAUCUCAAAUAUUUUAAGGAUGCAAACAUUUCAUUGGUUGAAAGUUAAAAUCCUUGUACAAAUUUCAGUUCUUAGCUAUUGAGUGGUCGGAAUCCGUAAAAUAUUUUAGUUUAAGUGAUUGUGAUUGUGAAUAGGACACCGGAUACCUAGAGUCAACUGUUAGCAAGAAAUAAUGGAUUACUGAAACAAUAACCUACAAUGUAUAUUUAUUUCAUGUUAGCCUCCUGUAUCUUAAUUCACAGUGUUUCGUUUCUUUAUUCAUGUUAGUAUUAUAUAACAUCAUUUACCUGGCAUCCAUCUUGUUCUUCACCUUUGUCCAUUACUAAAUUAGCUACCCUUGGGGAUGGAUUGGGGUAGUAAUUGAUUGACUGUCGACCCGAAGUACUACUACCGGUACUAGGGUUCUUGCUAGUCUUUCAAUGAAACCCUUCUUUUUUUUUCUUUCAAAAAUUAAGUGAAUUUAUGAAUUAAUUUUUGAAUGUUUGAGCAUAAAUUUAACUGUAUUUAUUUUUUUCAUAAGUAUCUAAUUUUAUGGAAAGUAAAUUUACAAAUUCCUAACCAGUCUUAGACAAGCAAAUGUUAUGUUACAGUUAUAACUCAAUCCUUACCAAGGGCAGGUAGCAUUAGCAAUGUACAACAAGGUAAGGUCAAAGAUGCCUUGUAGUUUAUCUAACUUUUAGUUAUCAACAAUGAAAGAGUCUUACAAACAUCCUAUUCUUUUUAUGGAGGCAAGUUUAGUCUGAAUGAUGUUAACACUAUUAUAUAUAUUUAGUCUACUCUGUGUACUAUUAUCAACAUCAGAUCCAUUCAUUCAUUUCAAAUUAUCUAUAAUCAUCUGAGGUUUACUUAUAACUUUUAGGGUAUAUUCAAUCUGUUUCUUUAUCUUUGUAUUAUUUGGUAUCAUCUUUUUCCAAAGUAAAAAAUCUUUCUGCUAAAUUUUCUAUUGAGAAGAAAUAUUUAAAGAGAAAUUUAAAGAAUAAAAUUUUAACUUUUCCAUCAAGAAGAAAUUUGAGUUUCAGCCAAAUGUGUGUUUUUUGGGGUUUUUUUAAAUACCAUUUUGGUUAUUGUUUUGCUUGCUUCUGUGUUUUUAUUUGUCCUUACUUGCAGCUCUAUUCCAAUCGCACUUGAUUGAGGUGUGUACAUUUUGUCCCUCACCUUGCCUCCCUAAAUAGAGUUGGUGCUAAGCAUGAAUGGUCCUGUCUGUGAAAAGAUCAAAUAUGGGGCUGGAAGGUGAAAUAAUUGACCAGGUGAAAAAUUAUUGGUUGAAAAUCAUUUCAGAAACAUUUAUUACUUUGAGCAUCAUGGUAGAAAACAUACACAUUUGAAUCAUUUGAAACUUGCCGAUUUUCAGGGCCGCAUAUAUAAAAAUAUAUAUAUAUACCUUUCAUGUAGAUGUACAUAUUCAUGAUGAAUCAAAAAUUCAUGUCUGAAUGCCUGCUGCCAUGAGCUUGGUGCUGCUGUGGUUUCAUUUAUUUCAGUUUGAUGAAUGAAUAAUGAGAUAUGCGUUGAAUAUAUAGCUGUAGCCAUGUUAGCGUAUAGUAUAUAUGUAGGUGUUUAUAAUGAUUUUACUACUGUUAAUGUAUCUGUGAUUAUGAAAACAACAGCAGUAUAAGACCUAGUCAAAGUGUAAUAUCUUAAGUUUUUAUAUGUAUGCCAUAAAAGGUCUGAUUUCUUAUCAAUGGAUUAACAAUAAUCUCCAUCCUGCCUUAUUUACGAAAACUUGCAACGAAAAUAUUUUAAUAAUGCAACAUUUGUGAGCAAAUCAGUCAUUAUUUAAAUAUUUUAGUUUUAAUUUUCUGUGAUAAAAGGUCCCUUUCACAAAACACACAGAUGACUUGCGUAGGGUUAAAUCUCACACUUUCUUUUGAACACAAGUGUGCAUAACAUUUUGUGUGUUUGGUAAAAUGGACCCCUGGUCGUUGGGGUAAAAUACAGCAGUCAUCAUUGUAUAAAUCGUUAACUGUAAUUGCAGUAUUUUAGCCCCAGGUUGUCAGUCUGUUGUUAGGAAAUUGACUUUUAUUAAGAUACAUGUUGAUAAUGUACAGUUCAAGUGUCAUUAUAUGUAAGCAUCUUUUGUUUAAUUUAAGCCUUUCAUACACAUCUUUCAUAAUCGUAUAGUUUAUCCCCGCCACAUCAUACAAAGCAAUGAGGCUUGGAUAUGUAAUAAAAUAUCCAUCUUUAGAUAGAAUCUAACAUUAAUUAUAAGAUGUAGAAGUAUCUUUCAAAUGCAUCUUGGCUGUUACUUUGUCCUCCUACUAUCCUUAGUUACCUUAGGUAAACGGGUCUAUAAGUAUAAGUGUCACUGUACUGGGAAAUCAAGACUCUUGUACUACUACACGGAGCAAUAGACCUGUAUAUAGACCCAUGUUUUUUUUUAUACAAGUCUAUAUUACUGGGAGGUCAAGUUUUGGGUACUUCAUUUCAGAUCAAGACAUUUAUUUUAUAAAAGACCCAUGUUUUCUUAAGAGUAGCUAACCUUAGUAAUGGACAGAGAGUGGUAAAUUCAAGGUGCUUUCUUUGUUGAUUGUAAAUUGCUUUUCUUUCUUUUCUUGUCUUUUAUUUAUCAUAUUUCCUUAUUCUUUGUACAUGUAUUUAUUUAAACUGCAAUAAUAUGAAUUUAUUUUAUCUACAUAUCAUUAAAACAAUCAUGGUUGAAACUUGAUAGCACAGUCUUGGUGGUCUCUAUCGGGCCUGGUCUCAUAGUAAAUAUGUAGUUCCCCCGACCCUUGUCUGGUUAGCUUAUUAUUAUAGAAAAUACUUUAUAUUUUAGGGGAUGCUGGAAGUCCUCGAUAGUGGGAUAAAUAGUGUUAUUUAUGAGGAUUAUACACUUACGGUAUUAUAAUUAUCACCUUGAUCAGUCAUACCACCAAUAGCCGUAAAUAUUUGGUCAUUUUGACUUAAAGGGCUAUAAAAUGGUCGAAAUCAAAAUGACAUCUCCGUCGCAGAUACCAUAUAGCCAAUCAAUAAUUCACAUUUUAAAAUAAAAUUAUCUUGUCUCAAUUUUUUUUGUUUUAUUGAAAAAUAUAGUAAUAUUAUUCUUAUUUGUGAAUGAUAGCAUAGAAUGUUUUUGUAUAGGGCAGGGGAGAUUACUCUUACUAUAGUAAAAUGUAUUGUUAUGUUUUCAUAUACAGUGGUUGUAAAAAUAUUUCUGACCUUCAUUCUCCAGUAGAAAUAUGGGCUACAUUUGAGAAUCUCUCCACCAUAUAUAUUGCCCACAUGACUCAUCUGAAGAUAUUGGCAUCUGGGUGAUAGAAAUUUGGUGGUCUGAUUCCGAAAUAGCCUUUGUUCAUUAUAUGUGAUAUCAACUAGGCCUCCUCUCAGUGUAAGUAAAGAUAUAAGUAUUGUUCAAUCCCCUCCUCCAGAAGAAAAAUAAAAUACCAGCAUGGUUUCUGACAUGAGUAAAUUUUAGUAUAAAAAAGUAUAGCAAUGAACAAUUGACUGAUUAAAAUGUAUAAAUUACCUA